AUGGACAGGCACUUCAAAGAUGGGGCGUGGCCCUUUGGAUACGCAGGGGAGUCGAAAGAUGUUCCAGUUCCAUCAGGCAACGCUAUCGUUCAAAUCAGCAAGAUAUUAGGUCGAGCAGACGAGCAAGUGGGCGAAUACUCGUUUGGAGGACAAGCCAAGCCUUUGCCAGCAGCACUCGGAUUAGCGGUCGAUGGAGUGGGGUCAAUUCCCGUACCAAUUACCGAAGAGCGAGCUCAAAAGCUCAUGUCUGUAUGUGAAAAGGCUUCCUCCGGUGACAACUUGGACGUCAAGAAGGACGAAAAUGUUCAGUCCGCCCAAUUGAGCUUUGACAACAUGAUGUGGCAAGAUGGUAUUGCUGCUCUAACCGCGACCAUUGCAGACCGCUUGGGCUAUCCAGACAUUACACUUGAGAGUAAGUUGUACAAGUUGCAAAUCUCGGGAGAACAAGGUCAUUUUGUGAAAAACCUGAGUACGGAAAGGGAGGAUGACGCGAUUGCCACGCUAGUGAUUCAACUGCCUAGUGCUGUUGAAGGAGGCGAUUUGGUCAUUCGUCGCGGUGGAGAGAUGAGGAAACGCCAUGAUUUUGGAAAGUCUGAGGGCACCGCUGCCUUCCUUCCUCACUAUGCGAUUCACUACCCUGAUGCGGAGCAUACAGUGGAGAUGUUGACGAAAGGGUAUCGACUCGCGCUGCUUUACUCGCUUCAUUUACCUGUGACAAUGCGUCACCGUGAGAAGAGUCACGAUGUGCCUUUGAGCGAAGACCUGGCUAGUGCUAUCAUAAGUAUGGAUCUCGAGGAUGAUUUUUUUGCGCUGCUACUGUCCCAUGAGAGCACAAGCAACAAUAUUAAACGACUGGGUGUUAAGGCGCUAACAGGCAUUGACAAUGUGCGAGUUCACGCUCUGGAAGAAGCCAAUACGUUUGUUCCGGCCGACCGGAAACUGAAGAUUUUUCUUGUUCGCUUGACACACCAACUCUGUCAUAAAGCUGAAGAUAUUUUUGAUCGACAAGGUACGCACAGCGAGUCUAUGCGCUGGUACGAUACCAGCGCUGUCUACGCUCGUAAGUCUAUUGAUGGUGAAACACUGAGGAAGUUACUGUGCGAUAUCGGUGCAAAGCUUGAUGCUAUCGGAGCAAAUUACAACCGAGAUGAGCUGUCCGUUAAAUCUUGCCGCUUAAUCUGCGAAAUGCUCGUGGAUGCCGGUAACUCUGAGCUCGUGAAACAAUUUUUCAAAGACGCUAGCUCGAAAAGCUCGUGCUUGAAGUCUCCAAUUCCAGUGUUUGCCCCUCCUUUUGGGCGACUGGAAAAUAACCAUCUACUUGUCCCUGCAAUCACCAAGAUUGUGCGAACGUUCGACUGGAACGACUAUGGUUCUGAGCUGCUUCACCGUUUUGGCUGCUGGAACGAGAUGGAAAUGGCACUUCGAGUCGCUGAUGGGUUGGAGACAGGGGCUGCCCAAGAUGCCCUGCUUCAGAAGGCAGUUUGUCUGCUAAAUGGACACGCGAAGACCAAGUGA